ACUAUAUAAUGAAGAGAAAGACUGAGAGAAACAGAAAAUGGCUGAUCAGUGUGAUCUGUGUCUGCUGGGACUGAUCAUUCUCUCUUCACUUCUCACAGGUAUGAUUGGAGCAGAAGUGACUCAUGUGUUCAUCAGUUCUGGUGAAAAUGUCCGUCUGCCCUGUAAUAAUGCUCUUUCUGACUGCAACUCAACUACAUGGAACUAUAACAGUUUCAGACGUUCAGCAGGAAUUGAACUGAUUGCUGGAGGGAUAAAGAAGAAAAACAAAAAGAGACAUGAGAGACUGAGUCUGGGGUCUGACUGCUCUCUGAACAUCAAGAAUGUCACAGAAGAAGAUUAUGGAUUUUACACCUGCAGACAAUAUGUGAAUGGACAAAAACAAGGAACUGAUUAUGUUUAUCUGAAUGUUCUUCAUGUGUCUCCAUCAUCAUCAUCAUCAUCAUCAUCAUCACCACAGACUGAGAUCAGUCCAGGUCGCUCUGUGACUCUCUCCUGUCAGUUGUAUUCAUAUACUGGAUUCUCCUGUGAUCAUUGGGUUCGUUCUGUGGGACUUCAGCUGUUGUGGGUGAAUCAGGCUGGUGCUGAUCUGGAGACAGACUCCAGAUAUCAGAUAUUAUUCUCAUCAUAUCACUGUAUCAUCACUCUGACUACAACACUCCUGAAUGAAGAUGACAACAGAGAGUGGAGAUGUCAGCUUACUCUCAGAAAUCAACUCCAGACCUCAGUCAGAUACACUGUCAAGUAUUCAGUCAGCAGCUCAAACUCUGAGAAGAAAUCAAGCCAAACUACAGCAGCAGCUCCUACACAAGAGAAUCAGAAGUCAUUAAAUACUCCAAACUCUGAGAGGACAGCAGCUGCUCAAACACCUGGAUUUACUGAACAACAAGCUCCAGUUGAUUCAGAGACACAGUUUCCAGUCAGCAGCUCAAACUCUGAGACGACUUCAGCUGCACACAGAAAAUCUGCAGUUGCUGCACAGCGAGGACUUCAGUCAUGUCCAGUUUCUCUUCUUCUUCUUCUUCUUCUUCCACACAUGUUUCCUGCAGUGAUUGUGAUUAUUGUUGAGAUGGCAGUGUUUGCUGCUCCUACUGUGAUUCUUCUUCAGAUCAUCUGUGCAAGAAGAGCUGGGAGGAAGGACUCGCAGCACCCAGAGGAAAUAGAGAUGCCUACAAUAUUACAAUAAAAUACUGCUGAGUUUGGAGACCAUCUGAAACAAGAUUUAAAACAGCAAAAACUCACAGAGGAUUGUUCAUUGUUUGAUUUUCUUCUUCUCACAAAACAGAGAAAAACUCCCUGAAGAAAUAGUGACACCUUCAAAAUCUG